CUGGUCCUAACCACAGCCAGUACAACCUUCGUGGGAUUUGCCUUUCCUCUGGUACCUGUACUCCAACUCCACCAGCAACAUGAGCCGCCAAUUCACCUGCAAGUCCGGAGCUGGCAACAGGGGCUUCAGCGGCUGCUCAGCCGUGCUAGCGGGAGGCAGCUCGUCCUCCUACCGGGCAGGUGGCAAAGGGCUCGGUGGAGGCUUCAGCAGUCGGAGUCUCUACAGCCUGGGAGGUGCCCGAAGCAUCACUCUGAACAUGGCCAGUGGCAGCGGAAAGAACGGAGGUUUUGGAUUUGGCCGGAACCGGGCCAGUGGCUUUGCCGGCAGCAUCUUUGGCAGUGUCGCCCUGGGGCCCGUGUGCCCUACUGUGUGCCCACCCGGAGGUAUCCACCAGGUCACUGUCAAUGAGAGCCUCCUGGCUCCUCUCAAUGUGGAACUGGACCCCGAGAUCCAGAAAGUGCGCGCACAGGAGCGGGAGCAGAUCAAGGCUCUGAACAACAAGUUCGCCUCCUUCAUCGACAAGGUCCGCUUCCUGGAGCAGCAGAACCAGGUGCUGGAGACCAAGUGGGAGCUGCUGCAGCAGCUGGACCUGAACAACUGCAGGAACAACCUGGAACCCAUCCUGGAGGGCUACAUCAGCAACAUGCGGAAGCAGCUGGAGACGCUGUCUGGGGACAGAGUGAGGCUGGACUCUGAGCUGAGGAACGUGCGGGAUGUGGUGGAGGACUACAAGAAGAAGUACGAGGAGGAGAUCAACCGGAGAACGGCUGCAGAGAAUGAAUUCGUGCUGCUAAAGAAGGAUGUGGAUGCAGCUUAUGCCAACAAGGUGGAGCUGCAGGCCAAGGUGGACUCUAUGGACCAGGACAUCAAGUUCUUCAAGUGUCUCUUCGAGGCCGAGAUGGCUCAGAUCCAGUCCCACAUCAGCGACAUGUCCGUCAUCCUGUCCAUGGACAACAACAGGAGCCUGGACCUGGACGGCAUCAUCACUGAGGUGCGCGCCCAGUACGAGGAGAUCGCCCUGAAGAGCAAGGCCGAGGCUGAGGCUCUGUACCAGACCAAGUUCCAGGAGCUGCAGCUGGCAGCUGGCCGACACGGGGAUGACCUCAAAAACACCAAAAAUGAGAUCACCGAGCUCACCCGGUUCAUCCAGAGGCUCCGCUCAGAGAUCGAGAACGCCAAGAAGCAGGCUUCCAACCUGGAAACAGCCAUCGCUGACGCUGAGCAGCGAGGAGACAGUGCCCUCAAGGAUGCCCGGGCCAAGCUGGAUGAGCUGGAGGGCGCCUUGCACCAGGCCAAGGAGGAGCUGGCCAGGAUGCUGCGGGAGUACCAGGAGCUCAUGAGCCUGAAGCUGGCCCUGGACAUGGAGAUCGCCACCUACAGGAAGCUGCUGGAGAGCGAGGAGUGCAGGAUGUCAGGGGAGUACCCAUCCCCAGUCAGCAUCUCCAUUAUCAGCAGCACCAGUGGCAGCGGAGGCUACGGCUUCCGGCCCAGCACGGUCAGUGGCGGCUACGUGGCCAAUAGCACUAGCUGCAUUUCCGGAGUGUGCAGCGUCCGUGGCGGGGAGAGCAGGAGCCGAGGCAGCGCCAGCGACUACAAAGAUGCCCUAACGAAGGGCUCCAGCCUGAGCACCCCCUCCAAGAAAGGUGGCCGGUAGAGAGGGCUCUCUGUGGCCUCCCUCCCUCAGGAACCCUGCCCCCAACCUACUGUCCCCCCUCCUACUACUCUCUUGUUCCACUCCUGGGACCCUGGAUUUGUCCUCUGUCAACCUCCUUCUCCCUCCAGUGCUCUGAGCCUAGGUGUAGCUCUGGGCUACCGUGUGGGGUGCACUUCUAAUAGACACCGGGGGUUCCCAGCUUCAGCGCAGGCCCAGCCUGUCCUUCCACUAGCCUUCGCUUUCAUCCUCACCAUACUGCCUGGCUCCUUGAGUCUCAACCUGAGCUUUUUUGUCCCAGCUCCUGCCCAUGACAGGAGCUGGUGGUACCCCCAGAGGAAGAAUAACACCCCAU